AUGCACUAUUUACCAGAUCGCUGGAGGCCUUCGGGCCCUUUACAAAGAAUUUCCCUCGACGUGCAGAUCGAUUCUCUCUUCGCGGUCGAUGAGCGAGAUAUCGUCGUUCAGAAGACAAGAUGGUACGCUGGUGCGGGAAAUAGCUGGGAGCAAAUUCUGCGGGCGCAGAAUAUUGACACUGUUGUAAUCGUAUGCAAUCAACCCUCUAGGCCGAAUUGGGACCGACAGUGGCCGCUACAGUCAGGCCUGAGCCUCUCCCGCGUCGUGAUGAGUACGGUUUAUCGACUGUUCGACCUCGACUCUAAAGUUUAUGUCAUUUCGGACAAUGUGUUGGAAUUGCCGGUGGACCAGAAUGCAGAUUUCUCGAAAGUCUUGCUCGACACGCCUCUGCCAAAGAUGAGUCUGAAUACAAUCUCUGUUGAAGAUGCUCUGCUGGCACUGGGGGGAUCUUAG